AUGAAUAGAGUUGUAUCUAUCUUUUUUCUGGCUCAGUUGAUUUCUACGACCAUUGUUGAUUUGAACUCUGUACUACCUGGCGUAAAUUUGCGGACUUCUAAUCUUACGCUGAUAUUCAAAAACGCUCAAAUCGAAGAUGGAAGACUGACUUUCGACCAAAUUCAAUCUGUGAAUGCUGAUGGUCGUCCUGUUGAUGUUUCGAAAGAAAAUUUGGGUUAGCCGGAUUUUUUCCUUCCUUUCCUCCCAAUAAAACAGUUUGAGCUGGACUUACGCGUAACAAGAAAAAAACUUCAACUCAACCGCUACAAAAAAAAUUUUAAAAAUUUUGGAACACAAAAUGUAACAUUAAACUUUCAAAAGAAGAAAAAACUUCGCGAUCGAAUGACAAGAAAAAGAAUCUGAAAACAAAAAAAAAGAAAAAAGCUCUUAAGAAUGUGAGCAGAAAAAUUUUCAAGUAUUUCUUGCUUUUUUUGCAUAGCUUCACGAGUGGAAAGAGAAAAAAUAUUUGAAAUGUAUAAGCAGAUUUUGAUUUUGGCUUCUCAUGCAUACGUAUGUAUUUUUGAGCACGUCCAAAGAGAUCGGAAAAAUAAAUUUUUGAAUUUUUUAGAAGUUUCGCAGAAGGAAAAAGUGGUCGAUUACAAGGAUUUGGUAGAAUCGAUAGACUAUACAAUAGACCCGUGCAUCGACUUCUACGGACACGUCUGCAAUGGAUGGAAGGCCAAACAUCCGAUUCCGUUCAACGAGUCUCAGAUCAGCCACAGCCAGCUCAUUUCCAACAAGCUCACACAGCGCAUCCAAGGUCUAGAAUCUCACAUUGCUCAAAAACGUACAUAAUGAGUGCAGGAGUUUUUCAAAAAGAACUCAAAUGGAAGAUGUUUUACUUCCGAGUUUUUCUCAAAUUUGGCAAGAAAAGUCUGCCAGUUAGACUUCUUGUCUUAACUUUUGAAAAAAAAAACGAAAAAAAAAACACUUCGAAAUUUGAAGAAAAUUCACAACCAGCGGCCAAAGGUAAUCACUAGGAAUCGUUUUUUUAGCCCUCUGUUAAACUUUCGAUGAAACUUCGUUGAAGAGUACUUGAUGAUUUGAGAACUAGCAAAGCGCUUUUUCAAGCUUUUGGAACGUUUUAACUCAAAAGCCAGAUUUAUUGAGAGAAUUUUUAUCCAAUUUCGAAAUCAGAAGGUCCUAAGGUACACUUCAGUAAAGUUCCAUCAAAAGUUCAAUCGAGGGCUAAAAAACCUUCAGUAGUAAGUCCAAAAGUUAACAGGGAUGAAACUCAUCUUACUGAAAAAAAAAAUGUUUUUUGGAGUUUCAGGUCUUUUUGAAUGACGGAUAUCAAUUUCUUUCGAUUUUUCCCUAGACUUUAUUUCAGAAAUCCUCACAAAGUCUAAAAAAGCCCCUGGGAGAGAAUACGAGCUUAUGUACAUUUAUUAUCAAAAGUGCGUCGAGCACACGGAAAAUCCCGACAACAGUGGAUUUAAGACACUGCUUGAAAAAUUGACGUAAGUUAAACAAAGUUUUUCUUUUCGAGAUGUUUUGACACGGAAGAUUUUGGCAGCGAAAAAACUGCAAAGCUAGACAAAAACAGAGAAUGUAAACCAGUAGAAGCUGACGAGAAGGCAAAAAUAUACGCGAAUGCCAAGUAUUGUGAGCCAAAAUAUUAAAAUCUGGUUCGAGCCAUUGAAAUACUGCGAAUCGCAGGCCAAAUAACUGCUCAGGAAAUGAAAGACCUGAGAUUCGUCUAGAACUGAAUUUGAGCAGACCUUUGAUUACGGAAAUAGUUUAAUAUCAGGGCCAAUUAGUUUCGCAAGUAUAGAGAAGAAAGUAAACUUUCAGGAAAAUUCGAACUCUGGACGUGAGUCGCGUGACGGAUUGGCUGAUUGUCAUGAAGUCACAAAGUCUUUUCUACGAGUUUUCUGUAGCUCCGGAUGAGUACAACUCCUCAAAAAACAUUCUCCAUGUCAACUUUUUCUUUUUUCAGAUGAAAAAACUGAAAUGAUUCAGGUUUCUCCCGUCGGCCCAGUUCUCAAAUAUGACGCUUAUUUCAACCCGAUCUACAUGCAUGAGUACAAUGGAUUGCGUACAUUUCUCUUCCAGUUGCUACAACUUUUGUCAUUCGAUGACGAAAAUCAUCAAGUGUUCAAAGGGACUCCAGACGACGCCUUUCGUAGAGUUGAAUCAUUUCUUCGGGUCGACCAAACAAUCGCAAAGGUUUGGGAUGAUAAAGGGAAUGUUGAAGUUAACUAGAGCCCUGCUUGGUAGGAUAAAUGAAUUUUUCGAAACUUCUUUCUUUGAUGGUUUCAAAAACUGAUCGAGGUAUCUUUCAUAAGGUUAUAUAUUCUGUAUUAUAGGAACCUUACUCUUUGAAAAAAAAAAUCAGGAUCUCUGUUCAAAAACAUUUUUGGCACUUACAAGUGAGGUGUAUUUUGCGGCUGGGAAUUUCCUGAAAAUUGAGCAGAACACUCUUUGUUGUAUCAAAUGAAAACUCCAAAAGUCUGAACCUGCAAAUCCACCUCAUUUUCGAGAAAGUUAACAUUAAAGAAACCCUCAAAAUCCAUUAAAAUAGGCUUUUUUGAAGCUCCAGGCUCUUAUUUCUCAAAAAAUAUGAAGUUUUGCUGUUUGAAACUUCCAGGUUUCUUAUCUGGUGAAACCAAAAUAUUUUUGACCAAUUUUUAAGAUAUUCCAAACCGAAAGUAAAACGACCGCGCCUGUUAACAAGAUGUAUUGGGCUAGUUUUGAAAACAUAAAAUUUUUUUAGGGAUUGGGAAUUUUCAUGCUUUUUUUAUGGCUCAAGAAAUUUCGAACUUUUCAGAUUCAACAGGAGACUCGUAACAACUUCAUGGAUAUAACAGUCAAGAUGCGAGAACUGCCCAACGUUCUCCAUUCCGUCAGUUGCUCACUAAAAUUCUAAAUUUUGAUUUUAUUCAGGUUGACUGGGAUCGAUAUUUCCGCAGCAUAAUUCCCGGAGAUCUUUUCGAAAAUCUCCAAAAUAGUGAAAUACGAAUUUCGGACAGCCUUGCAGUCGCGCGAACGGAAGAAUUGAUCGCUAUUCUACCUAACAAAACUCUGCAGGACUACUUGGAAUGGAAAGCGGUAUUUCACUAUGGAGAGUUCAUGGAUCAGCGAUAUCAAGACUUAUUGAGUGUUAGCGACUCAUUUUCCGAUUAUUGAUCUGUAAAUCAUCAUUUCAGCAAUACGAACUUGACGUCACGGGCGUCAAAAACAAAGACAGAAUUGUUUCCUGCAUUGAAGCGACGAAUUCUCUGUUUCCGGACCUGGUCGGGCAUCAGUACGUCUUGAAAUAUUUUGAAAAAAAUACAAGUGAGAUUUUUCUACAUUCAAAUGUUUUGCAUGUCACUAACGCCAAGUUGGAUUUCUAAACAGAAUGCUUAGAUAUAGAAAAAAUUUAUGAUUUUUUUUUUUCGAUGGUUUUUAAAUUUCAGUCCAAUGUUCGCCUUUUUCAAAAGCACGAAAAUGGUUUGGCCGUACUUUUGCACUAAAAUUUUUUCCUAUUGCACAGCGAUAUUGAACCAAAAAAAUUAGAAAUUUAAUUUAAUUUGAACACUCAACUUUCCGAUACAUUAUGAAUUAAGCCAUUUGGACGGUAAUUCAUAACGUCUCCCUCUGCCUCAAUUUCAGGAGUUGAACUUCAAGAAAUCGUUCUCAACAUCAAAAACGAGUUUCUGAAACUUCUCGAUGAGAAUACCUGGAUGGACGAGAAAACUAAAAAUCGUGCUCGGCUGAAGGUAUUCAUUUCUAAUGCUUCCUUCGAAUUUCUCUCCUGCAGACCAAAGCAAUCGGCGAGUACAUCGGAUACAACGAAGAUAUCUUUAAUCAAACUUUGAUUGCUCGCAAAUACGCAAACGUAAAGUUGAUGAGAAGUUUUCAUCAUGAAGACUCUUAUUUCAGCUCACUUUCUCUGAAUUCCAUAAUUUCCGAGAGAUCACAGACAGCGUCACCAGUUGGGCUCAAAUGCGUUCCUUGACUCUACUCAAUAAAUCCAACAAAAAAGAAGAAUUCGAUUUUCCAGCAGCGCAAAUUAACGCGUUCUAUGAUCCUAGUCAUAAUAAUAUAGGUAAAAUUCGAUCUUUCAAUGUUUCUUCUUGAAAAGUGUUUGCAGCAAUACUAGCUGGAAUUCUCUUUACCCCAUACUUCAACUCCACUUUUCCCAGGUUACAUAGUUCUGAUGCAAUUUGUCCUGUGAAUAUGUCACCUUUUUUCAGAGCGAUGAACUAUGGUUCGAUUGGCGUAGUUAUAGGGCACGAAAUGACACACGGAUUCGAUAAUUACGGUUACAUUUUUGGUGCGUUCAGAAAAAAACUUUGAUUAGGAGCCCUAUUUGAUGAAAACGGGAACAAGAAAAACUGGUGGGGUAAAGAGACGUUCGACAAUUAUGAAAGAAGGAAAUUGUGCAUUGAAGAACAGUAUGAUCAAGUUUUCAUCGAGGAUCUAGGCGUACAUGUGAGUUUUCUCCAUAUUCACUUUUUUCUUUGAAACUGAAGAUUUUUUUCAGGUUGACGGAAAAAGGACGUUAGGAGAGAACAUUGCGGACAACGGUGGAAUGCGACUUGCUCUUGGAGUAUGCUCAUUUCUUCCUUUCUUACUGAAAUGUUUUGAUGAGAUUAGUAAGAAAUCUCCGCCCGGUGUAGAAGAGAAUUUUCUUUGCAAAGUUGAACAUUUUUUACUUAGCUAGUACAGACACGACUAAAAAACAUUCAGAUCAUCUUUUUUUGCGUUUUCAAUAAAAUCAAACCAUUUAUUUAGUUGUUUCAGUCAUAGAUAUAAUCGACUAGGCGAUGAACAAGAACUUCAAAAGCUAUAACGAACAACCUCCUUUGGCGAACUAGACGUCCUAGCAUGUAGUCCAAAGAGUUGAAAGCAUGGUCUUACGGUCCUUCGCCGCGUUCUUCUGCUCGUAGUCCAUUCAGUUGCGCCUUGACGAGCUCAGAAUCUAGCGUAUCUUGUGCUGGAACCCAGAGUCCGCGGUCUAGGUGGAAGCGUCAGAAGUAGAGCGACAACUAAGAGUGAAGAUUUUACACGGAGUUUUAGAAAAAAAAAAAUUCAAAAACAGUAUUUACACUAAAUUUUUCUUUUACCCUUCAGGAUAUAUUUUUGCACUGCACUUUUAGGCAAUGAACAAGGCGACGAAACAAGAAGAAGUAUCUGUGUCGGGAUUGGAAGAAUAUACGCCAAAUCAACAGUUCUUUCUGAACUACGCUUACGUAAGUACAGUUCUAUAAAGCUAAUUUUUGAAAGUUCUACCUUGUUAUCUGAUUUGAUCGUUCUCUGAAAUGUGUUAUCGAAAGAUAUUUCAGUCGUGGUGCGGAAACACCCGAAGACAAGCUCUCUUGAACGAUGUCGCGACAAACGUCCACUCUCCUGAUGUCCAAAGGGUCAAUGUUCUGCUGGCCAACCAGCCAGAAUUUGCCCAAGCUUUUCAUUGUAAAACUAACACUCCAAUGAACCCAGAAAGUCGUUGUACACUCUGGUAAACUCUUUUAGAAGAUUGUAAGUGAAAAAUUAUACUUUCUCGAACCAAACUUAUGUAAGUCAAGCUGUCUAUCGACAUUUAAUUUCAAUCUCCGCUUGCUGGAAAUUUUGUCCACCUGACUUUUUAUCAUAUAAUUUUUGAAAAAAGCUUGUUACAAGAUUUUCUUUCUUUUUUGUCAAUUCAUUGCUUUAUUUUCAUUUAAACACGUCAUAGAACUCUUCUAAAUUAAUGUAUUUAUCGAUUAUUAUCUAAAUUUUCAUUGUGAUCCGAGUUUUUUUCUCUAUCAUGCGUUCAAACUAUGAGCCGAAAUAAACCUUUCUGAAAUUGGAAAAAUUAUUGAUAUGUUACAUGUAUACUCAUUAACAACGUUUUUUAUGUUUGCAAACAGAUUUCAUGAGGUUGACGCCACUUGACAUUUUGCAGUGAAAAAAAAACCAAAUUUGAAGUUUCAAACUCAAAAAAUUUCUUCGAAACAGUUCAAACAAGAUCAGAGAGUAUCACAUGAGCCAUAGAGAUCAAAAAGAAAAUAGAUAAUUCGAAAAAAAUGAGCCAUGGGCAAAAUUAUUGAAAAAGAUCUUUUGAAAUACAAAAACUUCCCACAAUAGGCAUCAGAAAACGUGAUUUCAUGGAGGGAAUACAAAUAACUUGGCAUUCCUAGGAACGUGGUUUGAUCUUGCAUGAUUUAUGAGGGGAUUUCCCCAAACAAUGUCACGCGGUCCAAGACUCGGUCGACCAUGAAUCGGCACCUUCUAUGUUCUUUUGGUUGAUGAUUUCGACGAAACGGGUUGCUUGUCAACGAAAUGACGAAGGUGACACCGGACGACUCCCCGUCUUCUAAAAAGUUACUGUAACUGUGACUUCUUUUUAUUACAGAUGUGAUUCGAAAAAGUAUCAUAGAAAACAUAUCUCGUGCUCUCUUUCAAAUUAACAAACGACUUCUUUUUUUAGUCAGUAAUUUAAAAAACUUAUUCGGGUUUUGUCGUAGAUAGCUUUUUUUAUAAAAUGGUCUGCAAGUUCAUCUACAGUACCGCUCAAAAGUCUAUUAAGUUUUGGUUUUUUGGAGAUAUCUCAGCGAGUACUUAUCCGAUUUAUAUAUAACUUUCAGGGAUAAUGUAAAAUAUACUUUGAAACAUAUACGGUAUACAAAGACAUGUCCACAAUGACUGUGACGCGUUUUAGGCAUUUUUUUAUUGAAUUCCAUUUUUUUUGUUUUUUAUGCUUUUAUUUUUAUUUUAACUUCUUUUUUUUCAAGAGAAGCUUAUAGCCGUUAAAAAGUUUUAUAAAUGCUAUUUUGCUUUGAAUUAUUAUUUUUGAUAAUGUACGUCUUCGGAAAAAAACUUUAUUCAGAAGUUUAGUUCAGCGGUUGAAUCAUUCAAAACAUGGGAAAACAAUAGAUUUGUAAAUGUAAUUAUUAUGAUAAAUUUCCAAUUUUUAGACAAAACUGUUGAGUAGUAGAACUAUUUUCAAAGGGGCUAUAACUACAAGAAAUCGGUCUACUCAAGUUUUUACAGUCUCCUGUUCAAAAGGCUCUCCAAGCUUCAACGUUUUCGAAACAAUUUUUCUCUCAAAUUCUUAAUUUAAAAUUUUGGUCUACCUCUCAGCAAUCGGACACUCAAUGUAUGUAGAUAACCGUUGUUGUUAUUGUUAUUUCACAAAAAAUAAAAUCGAAUUCAAUGUUCUCGCAUCAUUCUUAGUCUUACGGUAUCGAAAAUCAUCAAAAGUUUAUUUUUGUCAUCGGAAGCAGUUCCACUAAAAGAGAAACGAAAUAACGGGCCGUCACAGAUCUUCUCUCAACCUUUGGUACGGAGGAGCGCCGCCCACAGCGAGACCAAGAAAAAAAGAGAGAUGGCCGUCAUAUAAAUUGUCGCAUAUCAGAAAUCACCACGUGCGUCUCUCUUCGAAAGGGAUUUCCUAAUCUUCUUCAAGUUUUCAUCGUCUUUCUACAUUCAACAUGAGAAGAACUACAGCUUUAGCGAAGCAAGUGAUUACAGCGAUUGGCUGCGCAAACGGACAAGCCGGCAGGUAAAACUUCUCAGUUUUUCAAAUGUUGAUGAUGACUUUCAGGGAGUUGGGAUGUGAAAAAGCAGUGGAAAUCAUCAAAAACUCACAGUUUCUCGAUAGAAUGCGCGUUGAGCUCCGUUGGGGUCCCGUUGUCGAUGAAAUUUCUACAGGUCGCCAGCAGAAAGCUUUAUUGGGAGUGAAACAGGUUGGAUCUUUUCUUUCUUCUGUACUUGAUUUCAUCAAUCUGAUGCAAUACAAAUUCUGUUGGAGUGUCGGAAUUCUUACGAAAAUGCACUCAGACAUGUCGUCAACUAGCGUACUACACGAAAGAAGCCAUCGAAAAUAAGGAAGAGCUGCUGGUUCUGGGAGGAGACCACAGUUGUGCGAUCGGCACUUGGAGCGGAGUUUCUACGGCUCUCCGACCAGCAGGCGACCUGGGUCUUAUUUGGGUUGAUGCGCAUAUGGUUUGUUCGUGGUUUCUUUAAUCUAUACCAGAAAUGUUUCUAGGACGCGCACACUCCAGAAACCAGUGGAACUGGAAACAUUCACGGCAUGCCAGUUGCUCAUCUUCUCGGAUUUGGAGACAAAAGUUUAGUUCAUGUUGGAGACCGAAUGCCGAAGAUUUUGCCACACAACCUUUGCAUGGUUGGAAUUCGGGACUAUGAAAGCGCAGAACAGGUUUUUUGUACCUGAAUCAAUUAAUCAAAAGAAAUUGUUUGAGGAGUUCUUGGAGAAGUUGGGCGUUCGAAUUUUCUAUGCCGAUGAAGUCCAUCGUCGUGGUAUAACCGAUGUUAUGCAAGAAGCCCAGUAUUUAGUAUCAAGGUGAGAGGAAAAUAUGACGUCAGAUGAAAAUUUCGAAAUUCAAGGAACACCAUCGGUUACGGUCUUUCUAUUGACCUCGACGGUUUCGAUGUGAGAUAUGCCCCAGCAGUUGGCACACCCGCAGCCAAUGGAAUCAACGCUCUUGAAUUUGUCAAAGCGAUGCUUACCAUUGACUUGACCAAGCUGGUCGCCACCGAAAUCGUUGAAUUCCUUCCGCGCUUGGAUGAUGAAAAUAAGACGAGGUUUGCUUUUCAUACUGCAGAUUUAUUCGAAAAUGAAUUUACAGUGAGAAGCUGGUUGCCAGUCUCGUUGAGUACAUCUACAUCACCAAAGAAUUCCAAUUGAAGGCCUGCAGCGAAAUCUCCGAGCGCGUUUCUACAGUUGACGUCGACAGAAAUGUCCGGGUCUCACAUGCGUUAUAACCGAUUCUUUCUAUGCCUUGUAUCUAAGUUCUUUCAAGACACGACCCUAGUCGAAGAAAUCCCACAGUUUGUUGUUAAACAUUUCAACGAAUGCAAUAAAUGAUUCAAUUUCAAGUCUCGAUUCUUUUCAGAUUUUGCAAAGUCAUACAGUUCUCUGAACUGAAAAUGUCGUUCUGUCACACCGCGAUCAAAUGAUACAUCACGUUUCGCUCCGAAUUGCGACAUAUUACAACGCGUUCUUUUUUUUUCAAAAAUCGGGGUGACUUCUGUACUCCAAAAACUUUUUUAGAAGGUUUUCGGUGAUGUUUUCGACAAUCGUGUGGAAGAAUGAAACAACUAAAAGAUGAAACAAAUGGUUUUUUUUGGAAAUUUACCUAGAAUUAUUGAGAAAAAUUGCUUUGAAAAACUUGGACCUCCUGCUAUCCAUUUGUUCCACUUGAACCCUUUGAAGAGUUUUUUUCACAAUUACAGAGACCUGCUGAACUGGAAAUUAUUUUUUUGAAAAAGCCUCCCAAACCGCAUGAUUUUUUUGAUUAAUGUUUUUUGAAGUUCACAGAAACCCUUAAUCUUCGAUUUUCACGUCUUCACGACAUCAUUUAGAAUUUUAAAAUCCAAACCAUCUAAAAAACUGAAUUUUAGUAAGCUAGUAAGCUAUUACCGACUACCAAAAGCUUCAAACUUCUUUUCUAAAAAUUCGAUAAAAAGAGAAACAAAGAAACAAGAAAAUUCAUCAUUUUAAUAGUUUUCAAACUUUUCAUCUGGCUGAGGCGGUUUUUUUCACAUUAACAACUAUGGAAUAUAAUCCUAUCUCAACAAUGAAGCCACUUCCGACAACGACAAACGCAAUCCUACGCCGCUAGAUUUAUGAAUGACCUGUCCUUAAUCUAAAUAUAAAUAAGAUCAAAAUGCAGCAAAUCAAUAAUCAUUUAUACCUUCACUCACUAGAGCUUAAUAAAGAACCGAUAGGGAAUCAUGUAGAACUCAACUUUUUAAAUUUGGAUUUUUUUCAAUUUAAAAUUUGAAGUCAUUAGGUAUCCUUUCUAGGACCGUCAUUUAGUAAUCGUUAGAUUCUCCUAUGCUGCUUCAAAUUUAAAUUUCAUCAAAAAGAUUAUCGACAUCAAAAUUUUUCAUUCUCAACCACUAUGAAUUAACGACAUCAUUUAGAACUUCAAAAUCUAAACCAUCCAAAAAAACUAAAUUCAAAAAAACCAUCAGAUUUAAUUAUGCAACAGGUACAAAUGCAACAGGUAACGAUUUCUGACUUACCUUUUAAAAAUAUGGACUUAUUCUAUAUUUUUGGAUAUUUUUUUGACCUGUUACCUCCCCUCACUUUGACCUCCGCCGCGCUAAACAUCGCUCGAUACUCGGCGUUGCCAACGAUGUCUUUCAUUCUCACUUAUUGUCUUACUUCAUUUUUUCUCUUCGCUUUGCUUCGUUUCAUUUAUUCUUACAUUUUAUUAUGAAUAUUACACUUAGAUGUCUUUUCGUUCAAAGGUUUUCUUUUGAAAGCGAGAGGACGCAUGAAAAUACGAAAAGCCCUCAUUAGUUUUUCGCGAUUGUCGUAACAUUCACCGAAUAAGCAGCAUAUUUUUUUGUUUUUUUACUUCUUGUAUACAUUUUUCAAAACUUUCUGAAACAAUCCAACUUUUUAACAAGUAUGAAAAAAAGUACAAAAAAAUUGAGAGAUAUGAAACAAAAAAAAUGACUCUAAGAAUCAUCUUUUUCGGAGCUUUCUCUCUAAUAAAAAAAGCAAUAUUUUUUUCCUGAUAGAAUGGAAAUCAUGCAUAAAAAAAUUAAUCAUACAUGUAUUGAACAGUAUCACAAAAAAAAACGGUUGAAAGUUGACUGAAAUAUUUUUAAAUGAAUGUACUAAAGUGAAAAUAAGUUAAUUUUCACUUCAAGAUGAAAAGUAUAGCGAAGUUCAUAUCACAACUUCUAAUAAUAAUAUUGAUUGUUCGCAAGGCGAAAAAACUUUUUUCUGAAGCCAGACACGGGUACGAUAAUCCAAGAGUGCGUUUGCAGACGGUGAAGUGUGAAAACAAUUAACCUCACGCGCAUUUUCAGAUUCAAAUUUCUAAUAAUUUUUUUUUCUUUUUGAAAAUAAUUGAAGGUUAUAAAAAGCUUGUUUUUUUCCAUAUAAAUCGAUUUGCAAUUUAACAUGAUUUGUUUUUUUCUUUUAAAUUUAUCGGUUCCCCCGUCUUAUCAGAAAUCGAUUUUAAUAUUUGCAUUCGUUUGCUGUCCUGCUGUUCUAAUGUUUUUUUUCAGGAAGAUGAAACCUGUCCUCGACAAAAUGAAGAGCAGGAUAACAUCAACUUCUGCAACGGCGUCAGCGGAGUGAGCCAAAACAAUCUAUUUGAAUUCUUCAUCAAAUUUUCAGUGUUCCGUCGACUUCUGAUCUCCGUGAACUGAAAGAAGUUGUUUCUCUUUUCAGUAAUGACUUCAUGCUUUUUCAGGUUCAUUUAUCAUGAUAAUAUUCAAAAAUCAAGAUUAUUUCAGUGUUCAUUUCAACAAGUUUUGGAUUACGUGAACAUGGCAUCGUCUUUCAUUGAUGAUCCCGAUGUCAACGAGCGGCUGAUCGCUGGAGAAAUCAUCUCGAUUUUAUCAAAAGUAUGGCGAUCACUUGUAGAAAGUUUCCAAUUGAUGAGUUUCAGAAGUUGAUAUACGCAAACCGACACGAAUGGGUGCUGGAAAUUCUGAUUCGACAGUUGUCCUCAGCGAAAUCUGGCCGCAGCAUCGUCUUUUGCCUCACACAUUUGGCGUACUUGGCUUCUUACUUCGACGAGUUUCCGUUAGUACAGAAUUACCUCCCAAUGUAACCUCACAGCUUGAGGUCCGAUAAAUCUGUGAGAGUGAUUGAAUUGUUGACAAAAGCAAUCGAGAGUCAAGAGAACAUUGUCCAGACUGCGCUCCAAGCAAGUUUCCCAAGCAUUUGCUUCUGCUCGAGAAACGCCCCGCGCCAGCUUGAAGUAUCAAUUUAACUACCCUUUUUCGGGUUUUGAUGGGAUAAUUUUAUCAGAUACUAUUGAAAGUCGCGUUCCAACAGCUCGAGAAAAGCUCCGGCGCUGGAGCGAGGUGUGCAGCAAAAGUUUUGUUCGUCAUUUGCAAAAACAACUUGACUUUGGUUCCGCAGGUUCAACUUUCCGUUUCCUAGUAAACUAUAAAGUUCGAGUUUUCAGACGUUUUCUCAUUGUCUCGACAUGGCCAAAAUGGUAUUUUUCAAGGGCGGUAAAGUGGGCGCUUUUAUUGCGCUGAAGCUUCUGGCAAACGCUUCUUUCGAUCUGGACCACGAGCUUUUGAAAGAGGUUGAAAUUCCAAUAAGUGAUGCUUGCUGGGGUUUUCACACAAGUAGUCGAUGCAGAAGGGAACUUUCAAGCCGUCGCAAAAUUUCUAAGCAAAAGUUUUCGUCAGGUCAUAAAGAUCUACAAAACGUGGCCAAAAUUUUCAACCAUCUUAUAAAAGUUUUGAAACGCUCGUUUUGUCUAGAGCAAAAGAAAGUGAGGAAGUGUCGUAACGAUUUUGUUUUUUCUCAUCUGGCCAUUUUCUAAUAAAAGCUAGAGCGGACCCUUUUGGAUGGAAUGAUCUGAGAGAGCGUUAUCUUUUGAAUUUUGACUGAAACUAAAAUGUAUAUUUUAUUUUUUUAUGAUUGAAAAAAACAUUUCCAUAAAACGCGGAAUUCCCCCAACGUACAAUGUUUGUUUCAAGGCUCUGCUUCUUGCCUUAUUCGUCAUUGAAAGGCAAGGCGGCGAAGUUGUUCACGAAGCGUUUGACCUCCUGAAAGCUCUUAUCGCAGCUUUCCCGAGGUAAGUUAUGAUUCAAAAUGUUGUGAAGUUUUUCAUUUAUAAAAAAAUGUUUUUCAGUGUUCUCAACAGUUUUUCUCUUGCUGGAAAAGUGAUCUCCAUGACUCAAAACGGUUUUUCAUUUAUAUAUCUGCUUCUCAUGCGGAGUUCUUUCAGGUGUCGUUGAUUACAACGCAUCCAGAAAUUCAGAAGCAGAGGUUUUCAUAUUGCUGCGAACUAUCGAAAAAAAUGUUUCAUUCAGGAUCCUGCUGAGGAUAUAAUCGACCCGUUGAUGAACGCAGAACUAUAUGAAGAACAAAUAAACCAGCAACCUAAAAUAGAGAAACCGUUGGAACCAUUCCGAAUUUUCGAUCAUUCAGACGGUUUUUUAAAUUUAUCUUCAAAGUUUUCCAUUGCGCUCAAUUUAGAAAAUGGAUCCGUUCUGAAGAAAUGCAGUUUGAUUAUUGCUAGGAGAUACUUGUUGACUGGGAAUCCUGGUUGUAUCAAUGACUCGGCACGAAUUUCGAUUCAACGUUUGGCGCUUUCUUGCUUGUACGUGGUGUCGAAAUUCGCAAACAUUUCAAACCUCGUGGUGUUUGGAGGUUCGUUCUGAUUGAGUUCACCUCUAAUAAAACUCCUUGGAAUUGGUUACAGAAAAAGGGUAUCAAAAGAUGACUGAAGUCAGCGAAUUCGCUCUGCUCGACGAUCCCGGCGUCUGCUCCAUCGCAACGAAGCUUAGCUUGCGGCUUUAUAUCAAUGCUGAUACGUUCGGUUGUCAAUGUUUGGAUUUGCUCUCCUUACAGUCUUUAAAUAUACUUCUUCAGUGAUUGACAUUGUUUUUGAAAAGCUGACGAAAAUUGCGGAAACGUCACUUGAGAGAUUGUACACUCGAAAAGCUCUCAUUGAAGCUUUCACGGAUGUCGUGAAUCAUAAGUUCAACAACCGCGCGUAUAGCCACGACGUAUAUUCUUUGGUGGUAAAGGAAUGUCGUGAAGGGUUUGACAGCACCUUGCAGGUAUAAUAGUUGGCUUUUCUGCUACAUUGUGUAAUUUCUGUAUUACAGCUCAGUUGUGCAAACUACUUGGCCGAAAUGACUUCUAAGCACGGAGUUGAAGCCACAAAGUUUACCAUCGGAUCCUCUUUGUUUUCCCUUCUUGCUCAGGGAUCAAGUUCUAGUGGCUUUGCCGCAGCCCUUUCUAUGUUACCCAGGCUUGAAACUUGCCUUCAAAAUUAUAUGACAGUUGUUUUUAAGGCUCAUCUCUGGUGAAGGUCGAGAAAAUCAAAUUUUAGCGUUCAACUGUCAUCAACCCUUUGUUAGUAAAAAACACACUUCCGAAUUGAUUUCUUUCUUCCAGCAAAUGAGACUUGGCGUUUCACGAGAAGUUGAUUUGACCAAUAAAAAUCAUCAAGAAGUUGCCAAAAACCUUGAAAGAUUUUUUGGGAUGCUCUUCGCAGGGGAGUCGUUGAACUGCCGAGAACUGCUGGUUUCAAUCACAAUGAUGGGAAAAUAUUAUGAAAUUUUUUCAGCCGAAUUUCGGUGAUAUAGUCUCAUGUUUGGCGGACGUUUUCUGUCCGGCGCUUUUCCCCAAUAUUUACAGGUAAUUUACAGAAACUUUUUUGUGAAAACACUUGGAGUCUUCAGAUCUGUAAUGGAGCCUCUGACACAAGCUUACAUCUUUGAUGUCAGGAAACCUGUACACAUUUCUGGAUACUUGAGAGCCUUCGGCAAAAUAAUUGGAGGUUUUUCUUCAGAAGAAUGAAAGCUAUAUUAACUUAUUUUGUGUUUUCAGCGUUUCUGAUAGAAUCAACAAAAGGAAAGAAAAGGCCAGACUUCGUUGAAGAAUACGCCGAAACGAUCAUGAUAAAUGCCAUGCGGUAAAUAAUUAACAAUUGAAGUUUGAUUUUAAGUUCUCGAACAAGAAUUUCGUUUUUUUCAAAUGUUACUCGACAACCUGAUAAUUUCGUGUAUGAAAACUGUUUAUUAGGAAAAUAAUUUUUGUGAACUACAAAAAUAUGGUUCACAAAUUCAAAAAAUAUGAAAGACAGUUUUCUACUACGUUAAAUUUUUUUUUCAACUUGAGAUUCACGAUAAUUUCAGAGUCUUGAACCUUUAUUACGCCUUGGUGAUGUCCCAUGUUUCCGCAAAUGCGACUGCAGUUACAAACAAAAAAGUGGUCGUCAACAGAAAUGUGAACGAUUUUUCCUGCCUGAUUGGAACGGCUCACACUCCCUGCAAAAAUAAAAAAGGAGAGAGCAGCAAAUUCUCUGAAGCCGAAUGUCUUCAAGAAGCUUAUUCAGCUUUCCAAGGAUCGUGCAACAACUAUUUUGUAAGUUUUUUAUCCGAUCUAUUUUUUUUAUCAUAUUUUCAGGCUUCAAUGCAAAAUGACGUGGAUGAAAAGUUCACCGAGCCUUUGAAAGCAGCGCUUGAAUGCCUUUGUAGCCUUUUCGAGGUGUUUUUCCCCGAGCCUGAAGGAUUCAACAGUUUUCAUCGUUACGUCUACGACGAGAUGCUACUCUAUGCAAAAGUACCUCUUUCGGAGCUCUUAUGAAUAAUGUGUUAUACUUUUCAGACGUUGUUUUCCAUUGUGCCUUCAGAAAUGACGACGUUUUUAACUCAAAUGCUGAAAUUAAAAACUAAGAGUUCUCUCUGUCAUAUGGAAUAUUCGCUUUCACAGAGUUACGCGGAGAAGUUCCGAUUGCACGGUAUGUUUAGAAUCUGAGCUAAUUCCAAUUCCGUUCAGAUGAGAAUCCUUGUUGGAUUAACUUGCAAAAUCUUGUCAUGAAAGUGCGGAAUCCAGAAGGCUUCGAUAAUUUUUUGGAGAGGUUGAUAGGAUUUCAGUACACUGUUUAUGAUUUUAAUUCUCAGGGGCCUUUUUCUUCCUGAACUGGGCACGUCAAGCCAAAAAUUCCACAGCACGGACUUCAUAAUUGACCAACUGAGAGACUUUUUCGGACGCGUGAUGUCGUUGAUGAACAGAAGCGAGCAGAAUAUGAUCCAGGCAAUUUUCAACUUCAGAACCGUUGUAAAUUCAAAAUUUGCAGGUGUACAACCUUGCCAAAGAGUACGUUUCUGGAGGUUUGCCUUUGGAGACGUUGGACCCUGAAGGUGUUCUUCUGCGAAAACUUCGCGGAAAACUAUCAAAUGUAGCAAAUUUAUCUCCAAGCUUGCUAUAUACGGUUUUUUCAAAAAUGCUUUCUUGACAGUAAUUAAAAAAAUUGCAGCUCUGUGAAGUCGUUGUUGUGUUUUUGAAACAUCGUGUUAUGGCCAACGAAGAUGUGAAGGCUAUGCAAAAGUUGAUUCUUGUUUCAUCUGAAUCCAAAAUGGACAAAAAACAUGUCACCAAUGGUUGUGUAUUUAGAAUAAAACUCAUCAUCAGUUUGAUUUCAGCGCUGUCAGCCAGUACGCUUCUGCUCUCGGCUUUAGCGGAAAACCCGCAGAAUCAUUUUCUGUGGAAAGUCGUUCACGAAGUCGGGCCUCGCUGUUGGAGAGCGGCUCCCGCAGCGACGCUUGAAUUUUUCAUUUAUAUUCAUCAUUUGUUCGGGAAGAAAGAGUAUAAACGAGAUGUUCGAAGUUUUCAAAAUCAUGUCUUUUUAGACCGAGCUUGUCGGAUAUCUUGACAAAGAAAUUUAUCGAAUUGAUAGAAUUGGAAGAGCCGAAGGAAAACACUUUUUUCCAGCUGGUUGUGUUUUUCUCAAAAAUGACGGAAGCGCUGAUGAAAAUUGAAAAAUUUGAAAUUUCGGUUAGUCUUUCGUUUAUUUAGAAUUAUUUGUUUCGAAAGCCUUGCUCAAAAUACAAUUUCUCGGCGCAUCUUUUCUAGCCGAGUUUUUUCUUCAUUCUCGUCAUAUUCAGAAAAUCAUGGAGAAGUUCUGCGAAGGACAUGUUAGCGUGAUGCUUAUCGUCUAUCAUUUACUCGUUUCGACAGAAAAUGGACCUGGGUUAGUAAUUUUUUUGAAGUAAUUUCUUUUUUUCAGACCACAUUUUUUUCUGAUUUGAAUCAGUCUAUGGCACACUUGAAUCAAUUCUUGCAGUUUGAUUUGAAAGUGGAAUGGGUUGAAAAACUCAAAGAAGAAGGUAAUGGCAUUUUAAAAGUCAUUGCAAGAUGAAAAAAUAAUAGGUGCGGCUCCUCCUUUCGAUCGGAUCCCUUGGGUCAGAGACUUCUUUUCAACCUAUUUGAAUUUUUCCCCCGAUGCACUGACCGGUUUUUAUUUCUCUACAUUGAGAAACGAACCACAAAACGAACGAGAGUGAGAGAUUAAAAUUCAGGAGCAUGUGUAAAAUGUCUUUUUUCAGAGAACUUCCAGAUGACGAUCUCCCAAUGGCUAUUGCCGAUUUGAAUGCAAAGAAGUAAGAAUAAACUAUUGUUCAAAGUUUUAUUCACAUAUUCCAGAUCCGAAAACUCGUCUAAUGACUGGCUGGAAAUCGUAGCCUCCAUUUACACGUGUCGACCUCAAUGUCUUCAAGCCCUGGCUCGUUCUCCGAUAGAAAAAAUGAUCAGGGUUCAUGAGCAAGUUGUGAGUAAUAAUAACAAAAGAAUUUUUUGUAAUUUUUACGAUAGACGUUUUUCUCAUUUCCAUUCCCAUAAGAAUUUUCUGUAUCAAAACAUUUUUUAUCACAGGGUUUUUUUCAGGCGAAAUCGGGAAAAGGCGAACUUCUCAACUUUUAUUGCCGCUUUCUCCAGUGUGUGACUCUGGAACUAAGCGCUUCACAAGGUUUCAACGCUAACGAUUCCUUGAAAAUUAUCAAUUCAGAACUUGAUCUUCCCCUUUAUGAGAUGAUGAAAAAGAAUAUCAGCCGACUGACUCGAUAUUUGCUGGAUGGAGACAACGAAAACGAUGAAAGUUUCUACAGAAAAUAUGGUAGCAAACAAGAAUGCGUAGAGUUGAAAAUCAAAAUCAUCAGCUUUUUUCAAAAGAUAGUGAGUUCAAAUUCAUCUUAAGUUUGUUUGUAAGAAUGUUUUUUCAGCCCUAUUCUCAUCACAUCGAUUACUGUCUCACGGUUUCUGAUGCCGAAACGGCUCUUCGGAAUAUAACAGUCGAAGUCUUUCUUGAUUAAUUACGUAGUCAUUUAAUAAGAAAUAUUUCAGAACUGUUCUAACGAACAAUUCAUGACGGGCGUGCGCUUCAUUCUACGUGAUGAUGCCGUUCAAAACGCCAUCAAAACAGAACAAUGUCUUUUCACAGUUUACUCAGGCAUCCUGAAAUAUUUGACAAUCGAUGUACUGUUUUAUAUUAUUUACAGAAGUAAUUUUUAAACUUGUUCCAGAAAAGAAACUACACCCGUCUUACACUUAAAGGCCUCAAGCUGACUUUUAACUAUCCUCCGAGUGCAGAAAAAGAAGUGGCCGAGAGAAAGCUUUCAGAAGGUGAAGCAUUAUGGAAGCAAUCAAUGUUGAAAUUUCCUUUUUAGCAACUUUGAGAGAGGCGUUCAUUGUGGCUCAACAUGUCAUGGGAUUAAUCAGCUCGCCAGAUACCAACGAAUCGGAUCUGAUCAAAUCUGUUUGGAUCAGUAAGAACGACAAGAACGACAGUUUGAAACAUUCUAAUUCAGCCUUGUUGCGUCAUCCCAUUUUAUACGGCCUUGCAAUGAUUCCCGUUGAAGCUGUCAGGUUUUUCUUCCUUUUUUUUUUCAUUUUUACCAAAAAACAUUUUACAGGAAUGGGUGGCAAAUCCAAACGGAAUGGAAACCACAUAAACUUUUUGGCGUUUCUUUGAUAAGUGUACCGGAAUUGAGCCGCGACACGGAUGUUUUGAAAGAUUUCAAAUUUCGUGCCAGCUGGUAGUAAAUUGAAUAUUGUUUUGAACUUUGUAUGGUUCAGGCUUGGUUGGCUUCAUCGAAGCCAGUUCGAAGAGCUUUUCAUGAGCUUUUUCGGAGUUUUGGCGUCAAUGCCUGUGGGUGAAGAAGUCGCAGCUGUGCAGGUAGGUCUUUAUUUCAAAAUUCUUUAAUUUCUUUUCGAAAUUAAAAUUAAAAAAAUUAAAAACGGUUUUAUGGAAAAUUAUUUGAGUUAUGGAUUUUUUCGUUCUCAGGAUUACGAGGAGCGCAGCGAAAGAACAGCCGUCGCCUUCUUGCAACUGUGUGAGCUGCUGCUGGGAGCUCACGCUUUUCCUCUCGGAGGCGACCGAAGCAGUCAAUAUAUUGUGAAGCAUCGAGAGCGCAGCGGUCCCUUUUUCAAAUCGAGGUAAAUCAUAACGAAACACUUUGUUUUUCACUCGACUUUUUCCAGAUUGCUAAUGGAACUGGCCGAAGUAAAAUCAAAACUCACAUCUGUGGAAGUCAAGAGCGCAUUCUCUCAAAACAUCGAGAUGCUUCGGAAUACAGCAAGUUGCAGUUUCCUUUUCAAAAUAACCCAAAAUUUCAGACGGAGGAGUACAAUUUUGGCCAGCUUUCGGUUCUCUCUCUAUGGAACUUGUGUGGGGUCUUGUCCGCUGAAACUGCGAGUUCAGAUUUAGUUCCUCAUCCUAAGGUAAGUAUAACCGAAAAAACAUUUUUUACAGAAGUAGAAAACUGAUAUUUCUACAAUGGAAGCGACGAAAAGAACCAUUUUUCUAAAAACGGUAUCAAAUCUUUUUUUUCAGCAGCUCUCUUCGUCCAUGUCUGCUUUCUUGUUGAAUACGACCCAUGAUUUGGACACGGCUAGCCAUCUCAGAUCAAUGAUUGAUAUUUGCAAUCACUGGCUGUCGAAAGGAGUUCAAGAUCUGGCUCCCAAUGUUCUUUACGCAAUCACUGUCACGGUAAACCAAAAUUUUUCCACGAAGCCAGCAUCUUUUUUAGCUCACUUGCCUCAGCGACUUGUUCGACACGGAGUCUUACUAUAUUUUCAUGCUCAACAGUUUCCAGGCGAUUCAUCGAUUGGGUUAUCCACUUUAGCUCUCAAUAAUGCUUUUUUCGAUUCAGGCGCUUUGCCGAACAACUACAAGAACGGUUAUGUGCUGUAUGGAAUUAUAAAAUGCGUGGCGGUUCUUGGCUUGGAAGAAGCUUCCAUUACUGAUAAGCAGAUUUGCGGCUAUGUAAUGAAAUGAAAACAUAGCUGUAAGAAAAUCGAAAUUUAGAUAGGGGAAGGCUUGGGCGGCAGUACGGCUGUGAUUGAAAUGACACUGGAUGCCGUUUUGAUCCUUUUUCAGUCAACCUUCGUGGACCAGCUGCCAAGUGUCAUCAGUCUUUGCAGCAACUUUGUUAUGUUUCUGAAAGGCAUCCCGGAGAGGUACUUUUCAAACAGAUAACUAUACUACACUUCGCUUAAAAAUAUGCUUCAUUUCGAAUGAUUUUCUUGGUUGGAUUACAAAAAGUCCCGCACCUUGAAUAUCACCUUUUAACUCAUUUUAUUGAAUGAACUAAAAAAUGGAUGAGGAUUUGUUCAGCAAACUGGAAAGCUUGCGGUGCCGUCUGUGGGCAAUCGUGUUUCGCAUUCUCGAAGAGCCGAUCGCCUAUGGAACAAAAAAGGAGUUGCUGCAGGUGAACCUCUCAAUUGUUCAAAAUAUGGGUUAACUUUUUCAGAUGGUGAAAGAAAGUUUGGUAGAUGCUCGUCUGUCUACCGUCGAAAGAAACUCUCUGACGAGCGGAGUUGAGGCGCUCAUUUGCCACUCGAGAAAUUUCGUCCACCAUUUCUAUCCAACAGUCGUUUGUGAGUCAAAAGAGAAUCAUCACAGCUCAGAGUAAAAAUCAGAAGAAGUGUGAAAAAUGAGGCUGUUAUCAAGAAACGUAAAACUUUUAAUUCGCGGAUUCACUUUCACAGGAUGGUUGGUCAGUAAUUUGUCAAUUAAGCCGCUUUUAAAAAAAUUCAGGAUUAGAAAAACGGAAAACUGAGUAGAAAGGGAAUAAUUUGCCGCCAUGUACAAAAUAAAUACCAAAACCCAUCCAGAGAAGCCUUAUUUUGAUAAACAUAUAUUCAGAUUGUCUGAAGAACUACGUGACCCACAGAGCCCUUUUUGAGUAUAUUGUUCGCAUUGCUCUUGUCUGUGCGGCUCAAGGUUAUUCUUUUAAAAGAAGAAAGAUUAUUGACGUGGGAAUUUACAGAUUCGCAAAUAGAAAAUGGUGCACAUGAGGACAGCCUCACAGAGACAGUCAACGAACUUCUUUCCAUGUAAGAAGCACUUCGUUCAUUUUCAAACUGGUCUUGUUGUUUUCUCAAAAUUUUUCACUAAGUUCUUGUAACUAACUGCCCAGACCCAAAAACCUAAUUAAAUUAAUUUUGAGCCUUAUAAAAAAAAAGACUGAUUUUACAAUAUAACUCAAAAAAAAAAAAUCUAGUACAAUAAAAACGAAAAAAAAAACCCAGGAAGAUCGGAAAUCUAAGAAAAAGUUGUAGUUGACUGAAAUUCGAUUUGAAGACGAUGGAGUUUUUAGAAACGACCGCUGCACGGUGCAACACACCAAAAUACUCGAAAAUGCAUUGCCGGCUUUUAUGAGACUGACUUACGGAUUCGAAAAGGCUAUCCAGAAGCUUCUCGAAAGGAUCGACUUCAAUGAACCUUGGAUAAGUGAUCCUGACCUUCACAGUGGCAAAACGAUAUUGAUCGCUGUUUAUGAGGUUUGAUAUCUUCUAACUACAACUAAGCUCUAAUAUUCUACAUCAUUAAAAGUUUAAAAAAAUUAAAAUAACUGGAAAUUUUUGCAUUGUAAACAUUUUGCGGGUAAUGAUUUGAAACCGGAAAGGCAGCAACCGAAAAGACAAAAAAAUUUGAGCAAUUUUUUUAUGGACUUGAACGGAAAAAUAGUUCUAAAUGUUGAUAAAUAAAUACGGAAGAUUUGUCUUUUUGGUCCGAAAGACCGCAAACAAUCAACUAAAUGGCAGAUUAAAAAUUAAUAUUGAGAAUAAAAGCAACUUGUAUUUAUAAAAUAUCUACAGAAAAAGCAAGCGCAAGUUAGACUUUGUUGUAAACGUUGGAAAAGCCGAAUUUUUUCGCUUGACUUUCAUUACGUUACAAACUUGAGAUUAUAUGUUUAUUACAGAUUUUCUCCGUCAUGCGUCACUCGGAAAGCCUACAAGAUAGAAGCAAGAUUCUGUCUGAGUGCAUUGAACAAGUGAAGGCAAUAAUCUCUCCCUACGUCGAAUCCGAUGAUCUGCACCAGAAAUAUCUUUGCCACGCUCUGCUCCACGCAUCCGCCAAGAGCAUUGAAGGCUCUUACAGGUUCGGACAAGUUAUUGAGGAAAAUCAAAUUUUAUGACGUUUAGGUUUUUUUUUGGCCUCGAUUUCUAUGGAAAUAAGGAGAUGAUCAACAAAUGGGACCUCAGCGCAGAUUCAGCCUAA